UAAUGAACCCUUGUGAAUCUGCACCUCAAUAGAGUUCAGCAAGCUAGCUUCCCGGCCUGUCCAUUAAUUUCUCAAGCCCUGCCAAAGAAUUAAGGAACCAGCUCUUGAAGAAAUGGAGGGAGGAGGAGGAGAGAAGAAUGCAAGUGUGUUUUCUGAGUUUGGCCCGACUGAUGUUUUCGACCCAAGUGCGCCUCCUCCAUUUAAGAUAGCUGAGAUCCGAGCAGCCAUUCCCAAGCAUUGCUGGAUCAAGAGCUCGUGGAGAUCGCUGAGUUAUGUUCUAAGGGAUUUGUUGGUGAUCUUUGUAUUGGCAGCAGCUGCAAUCUACUUUAAUGCUGGGAUCUUUUGGCCAUUCUACUGGGUUGCUCAGGGAACAAUGUUCUGGGCUAUAUUUGUGCUUGGACAUGACUGUGGCCAUGGAAGCUUUUCUGACAAUUCAGUGUUGAAUAGUUUGGUGGGGCAUGUCUUGCAUUCUGCAAUUCUUGUACCCUACCAUGGAUGGAGAAUUAGCCAUAGAACUCACCACCAGAACCAUGGGAAUGUUGAGAAUGACGAGUCAUGGGUCCCGUUGACAGAGAAGUUAUAUAAAAGCUUGGAUUAUAGUACCAAAAUGCUGAGAUUCACAGUGCCUUUUCCCCUGUUAGCAUACCCUUUUUAUCUGUGGACAAGAGGUCCAGGAAAGGAAGGUUCUCAUUUCAACCCAAAUAGCAAGUUAUUCGCCCCCAAUGAUAGGAAUGAUGUGAUUACUUCGACUGUGUGCUGGUCUAUAAUGGUUGCUCUGCUCAUCUCUCUUUCCUUUGCAAUUGGUCCAAUACAAAUGCUAAAGCUUUACUGUGUUCCUUACUUGAUUUUUGUGAUGUGGCUGGACUUUGUUACCUACUUACAGCACCAUGGCUAUGAGCAGAAACUUCCUUGGUACCGCGGAAAGGAAUGGAGUUAUCUAAGAGGAGGGCUCACAACUGUUGAUCGUGAUUAUGGAUGGAUUAAUAACAUCCACCAUGACGUUGGCACCCAUCUCAUACACCAUCUCUUCCCUCAAAUCCCACACUAUCAUCUGGUGGAAGCGACUGAGGCAGCUAAACCAGUGCUUGGAAAGUACUACCGGGAGCCAAAGAAAUCUGGACCUAUUCCAUUUCACUUGAUCCAGAAUCUAGCAAGAAGCAUUAAAGAAGAUCAUUAUGUCAGUGACAGUGGAGAGAUUGUCUACUAUCAGACUGACUCUGAGUUGUAUAAAUCUUCUAGGGACAAGUCUAACUGAUCCUAAUUUCAGACCUUCUAAGAUUAACAUCAUGAAUGCUUUAUUCAAAAAAAAAAAAAAAAA